GGCAUGCACAACCGUUGCCACGCCAGCUGGUCUUGUCAUGAAGACUACAUUCAUAGUACACAAACUGAGCUGGUGACCAGUGUUCGAUGUCGGAGGGUUUGCCACAAAGUUAAAGCGCAUAACGCAAACCGAGAUGCAUCUGAAAGACAAAGUAGUGUUCAUCACUGGAGGUGGAAGGGGGUUCGGGAGGGCCGUGGCUGAAGCUGUGCUGAAGAAGGGUGCAAAGGUUUGUCUUGCGGAUGUGAACGUCGAGUUUGUUGAAGCAACUGCUAAGGAACUUCAAGCUUCCUGUGGACCAGAUAAUGUCGUCUUUGUCAGAUGUGACGUGUCGGAUGCUGCUGCGUUUUAUGAUGCUUUCCAAUCUGCCGUGUCAAAAUUUGGUCGAAUUGAUGUCAUGUGCAACAAUGCAGGCAUACUGGAUGAAUCUAUCUGGGAAAAACAGCUCGACAUCAACUUCGGUGGCGUUGUGCGGGGGACCGUGAUGGCGCUGAAUCACAUGAGGAAGGACAAAGGGGGUAGAGGCGGCGUCAUCAUCAACACCGCUUCAAUGGCAGGUUUGCGUCCUACAUACUGGUUUCCUGUCUAUGGAGCAAGUAAGAGUGCUGUUUAUCAUUUCACGGCGAGUUGGGCACAAAAUCCUGACUUGACGUCCGCUGAAGUCCGCCUGGUCAGUAUAUGCCCAUCGGGAUCCAAGACAGCUCUUCUGGAAGUGACUGAUGAACAGAUGAUUAACAGCGAACACUUCAAGCAGGUUAUGGAACAGGUUUCGUACUGCACGGUGAACCAGGUGGUUGAGGCGUUCCUGUUGGCAAUGGAGGACGACACCAUCAACGGCACAGCCAUCACCAUCAAGGGCAAAGAUGGUGUUGAAAAGGGAAAUUUUCUCCUUGACCCCACUACUAAGACGUACGACAUAAGAAAGUAGUCUGUGAAUACCCGACCUGAAAGAAGACUUUAACAUUCCUCAGUCUCAAAUUAUGUUAUCAGCCAUGGUCUGCUUAAUCCCUGUGUCAGAGAAUGGAGAGAAUAAAAAUAAAUCUGACUGAAACUUGAAACAAUCAAAA